AUGGAGAGAAAAACUAAAGCACAAUAAAGCUUGGCAGGAAAGAUUGACAAGAAGACUAAAAGAGUCUUAGAAGAUAGUGAUUAUAGCUAGGACUCUGAUGAUUAGAAGACAAAUAAUCGUAACAAUGGCAUUAAGUUCGAUAACAUUGGCAUGCCAGAUAAUGACUCAGAUGAUGAUGGCUCAUUCUUAAUUGGAGGCAAUUAGCAAUAGAUGUUCUCCAAGUUUGAGAACAAGAUGAAAUAAACUGAAAAUUCAGCAACGAUCCCAGAACUUGAAAGAGAAUUGAUGCAGGCUUUGCAAAGAGAUGAUAAGCCAAUGACAGUUAGUGCUUUAAACGCUUUGAUAUGGAGAAUGGGUGAGAAUAAUAAGGAGAGAAAACUUGAAUAUCUUAAGAAAAAGUAUCAAUUGCUCAAGGAUUUGGAGUAAAAGAGAAUGUGUGAAGAGGUAAUGAGUGAGAUCUUGAGGCUAGAUCCUACCAAUGCUACUCUUAAAGUUGAGGUCAUUAAAAAACACUUUACCUCUGGAAAUGUGUGGCAAGGAUAUACUGAGUAUAUGAGGCUUGAAGCAUUAGCUGAGUUAAGAAUUUAAGAGGACCCACAUAGCUAAGAGACAAUUACAAUAUUAAGCGAACUGGAAUAGUUGAAGUAUCUUAUUCAAAUAAAUAAUGCCAAAUUGAAUGAAAAAGGCAUUUAUAAUCAGUUCAAAGUCACUGGAUCUAAUAUCAAUGGGACUGUAGGAAUAGGGAAUGAAGAUGAAAGCGCUGAAAUUGUGCAUUAGUUGCCAUAGUUCAACAACAGGAAGGUAUAUGAUAUUGUACUCGCAGAUUUUCACAGUUUGGUAUUAGCUUCAGGAUGUAAUUGUGUAGAUCCGUUUAAAGAUCAUUGCAAGGGCUAGGAACUUUGCAAUGGAGGUAGUGUUUUAAUGGGAUGGGGAUUUAACAUUCAUGGCUAGGUAAAUGGAAUACCUUCAGACAGACCAGUCUUAAUGCCGAAAAUCGUGCCAUUUUUUGAAGGCAAAAAGCAAGUUAAACUUAUCGCUGCCUGUAGAUCUAGAUCUAUCGCGAUUACUACAGAAAAUGAGGUGUUUGAAUGGGGUUUUACUGGUGAAGAAGGGUAAUAAUUUUAGAAACUUUAUGAAAUGCCUGAAGAAAUAGUAGAAGUUGCCCUGGGUACAGAAUUCAAUAUGUUUUUAACUAAGAAUGGAAAUAUUUGGAUUUCAGGUGAAAUUUCAUAGGAGGGCGAAAAUGUAAUCAAUACUUGGACAGGUCUUAUCAAUCUAACUGAAAGAAUGACUGAGUAAGAGAGAGUAAAGUUUAAGAAGAUUUGCUGCGGCUAUUCACAUGCUUUAUUGAUAGAUGAAAACUAAAAGGUCUAUUCAUUUGGUGCAGGGUUAUAUGGCUAGCUCGGUCUUGGUCUAGAUCAGCUAAAGGCUAAAUGGCCUCAUCCAGUUCAAGAUGUAAAUGAUGGUGGAGAUGAGGUUCUUAAGAUUGCUUGUGGUGCUAACUUUUCUUUGUGCUAUACUGAUUAUGGAAUAAUCUAUUACUGGGGUAUGCUAGUGCCUGAUAACUUUGAUAGUAUUCAAUGGCUUCCAAACUUUCUCACCAUAUCUUUACCAAAAGAUUUAACAUAUGAACAACAUUAAUCAUUUGCAUUGACAGAUAUCAAAGCAACUUUUAGAGAAAUUCUUGCUUGUGACACAGCAGGAAGAAUCUAUCACUGUGAUUUAAAUUAUACUUAAACGCUUAAACCUUAUAGUCAAAAGUUGCAAAAGCAAAUAGGUAGUUAUGGGCAUAAAUUACUAUUGGGUAGGUCAAUGCAUUUAUUCAUGCAGACUUUAAUUAAUCCUGGACAAUGCCAACUCUAGGACAUUGAUUCUGAGAUGGAAACUUUAACUGAUAAGAACCAAGUUACGGUCAAACUUUUUGAUAAUUAUGGAGAGCCACAUUACUUUGACCCUAAUCUUAGCUUUGAGGAAUUGAGACAUAAAGUUCCCAUUUCUAUAGUAUUCAAUUAAAGUGAUAACUAAGUCUAAGUAGAUUACAAUCAUUUCUCAGUUUACUAAAUUAAAGGUCUUAGGGAAUAAGUAUAACCAACUAAAGAUCAGAAAUCAAAAGACUCCAAGCCUCCUGAAGAUUUCUUUAGCUACGGAAUCAAUGAGUUUAAUUAAAUAAAAUUCAAGAUUAAUUACUCAGUAGACACAGAUGAUAACUCUCUCAUUAAUAUAAAGAUCAAUCCUUAAUAGGAUGGAGAUUUCUUUAUACAUGUUUUCAUUGGCAACUAUGAGGUCCAAAAAUCACCAUAAGAUGUGACAAUAUGUAAAUCUGAGGAACAAAAACGUCAAGAAAUGUUAGCACAGGAAGAAAGAGAAAGAUAAGAUAAGUUCACAGAGUAAAAAAGACAAGUGAAGCAGAGAAAGUUAGAGCAUAAACUAAAGAAAAAGAAUGAAAAAGAAGAGGAUAAGAUGAGAUAGCAUAAACUUAAAGAGGAAUAACUCUAGAAAAAGAGAGAACAAACAGAGAAAAGAGCAUUGGAGGCAGUUAGAAGAGUGAAAGAAGCAAAGGAAAAGGAACUUAAGGUGAAGGAAGAAGAGAGAUUAAUGAGAAAAGAAUGUAGAACAGGUGGUGGAUUUAAUAUGGCAAGAAUUAAGAAGGAAGAAUGA